AAUCCUUUCUGCAUUUUAUCGAUUGAAGUUUGAGAAGUUUUGAGAAGUCUUUCUAAAGAGAAUGGCUACCCCAGUCGUCAGGGCAGAUGCACAAGAUGAUUUAGUUAUGGAAUUUGAGUGUGAGGAGGAUGGCAGUUGCGGGGAAAGCGGUGAAAAUGACAGUGUCAGUGGUAGUAGUGACAGUCCGGACAGUGGCAGCAGCAGUGAUACCGACAGCGAUGCAAGUGAUGCAGACGCCGGAGAACACGGGCGUAUCGUCGAGUGGGAGUAUGAGCCUUUACCUCGUGGUGAACCUGGGCAAAAUGUUGGCGAUGCUGGAAGGGCCAACAACGCAAAUCGGCUUCAUGAAAAUGUCGAGGAUUGGUGUACAUGUGGAAGAUGUCGUGUGCCUCCAUCUUUCAAUGAAGGUGAUUGUGUCUGUUGUCAUGAAAUUGCAGAGGUCAAGGCAGAGGCUGAUCGACAGGGUUCAAGUUGUCUGGUGGAUUCUGAGGAGUUUGAGCCGGCCAUCCUAAAUGCGACAACAUUAUACAUCGGAUGGAUGGAGUACACAGAUAGGUGGCGCCGAGCAGCCAAAGCAUUUGGGGACAGGAACAAUGAAAAAUACAGGUAUGUGGCCUACAGGAAAGUCGUGAGAUGGUGUUGGGGCUGGCUCGGGAAGGACAUCAGGGUGCAACUGCCAGCAUGUGUCCAUGCCUCAAUAAUGGAAGCGUAUCCUGAUGGACGUGGUCAGUACAAAGGGACCAUCCUGCGUCGGUUGAGAUGAGGAUGUAAAAUCAACUAUUGUCUUGCGAACUUUGAAUGACUGUCAUCUUCUAUGUGAUUGUCAGCCAUCUUCUGUACGUUAUUUGUGAUCAUCGGCUUUCAUCUUCAUAUUCAUAUUCAUCACAAAUACUAUUGUUUGAACUUCUCAUGAUGGUAUGGUUGCUAUGAACUUUGAUCUCGACAUUUGAUUCUAAUUUCCAAGAGCUGAUAUUCGAACUUUUGCAAAACUGUGAUCAAGCAACGAUUUCUUAUGAGGAAGAAUGUUGAAAUCUAUAUAAACAAGCAACAACAAAAAAA